GCGGUCCAGUAAACUCUUAAAAUAAGAUUUAUCACUCCCUAUAAUGUUUAUUUUUGGCAAAUGUUUUUCCAAUGAUCUAUUUCAUACAAAGUAUUUCUAAAUUUGUGAUAGAUUAUUUAAUUUAUAUUAUACAAUGUUUUGUAUUAUGUGUGUAUUUAUAUGAUGUGAUGGAAUGAAUCAAUCAAUUUAUCUAGAAACGAUGAAAACAUGGAUCGUCGGAGUGUUUGGUUUACUAUUCUCGCUGUGUUCUAGUUUUCACAAUGUGUGUCCCCACGUUUCUCAGGCGAUAAUUCGAGCGAAGAUCUGUAAAAACUCGACAAAGUAUGUGUGCUUCCGUGAUAUAAAUAAACAAAUGUAUACGGAAUUCUGCAACAAAACUGACGAAAUUCAACAAGAAGGUUUCAAGACUGUUGUUAGAGGAAGUUUUGAUGGUGUGCCAUGUGAUGAGAACCAUUAUCAACCGUUCAAAUACAGUUCUUCCUAUGGAAAUACGUGUGUUUUUCUUAAAUCUAUAUGCAAUGAAGAAGGUCAAAUUGAAAGCACUAAUAGACAGACAACAUCGGAUAGAACUUGUUGUUGUGAUUACAGAUUUGGCUUUAGUUUUGUAUCAAAGCCAAAUAAAUUGUGUUUCUGUGUGCCUUCUGAAGAAGAUUGUUCUUGUUAUUAUAAGGAGUGUGGUAAAGAUCAAGUACUGACACCAGACUAUGUUUGCAUGAAUACGGCUAAUAUAACAGGUCACUUUAAGUGUCCAUUGAUAAAUGAAUUAAAGGCAACUAAAACUGAAGAGACAAAAGUAAUCAACAAACCUUACAAAGAUCCAUGUCCACGACAGAAAGAACAAAAUGCAAUGAUAAGACUAUUGAUGUUUGUAGUUGGAAUCCAAUUCGGUCUACUCUGUUUGGUCAUUUCUGUAGGUCUCAUACGAAGUUUUAGUUCUGAGCGACAAGAACAUAUGAAAAAGAAAAACACAUGACAGGAAAAAAGGUCAGGAUAAAAAUUUGAAUAAUAUGUGUGCAAGUUUCUAACCAUGUGUUGUAAAAAAAACCGAUUGCUAAAGUACUUUUGUAAGUUGCAAGUAUGAUAUUGGAGCAGCUCGUUUGGUUGUAGAUGGACCUUAAAUAUGCCGCAAAGUCCAAACUAAUUGAGGAAGGAAGAAUAAAAAGAUGUGUUGGCUUAAACAUUUGCAUCAGCUCUUAUGGCCACUAUAUACGGAGUGUCCGCCGAAAUGUUCGGAUAAAACAAAUAGACGGAAAAUCCGCUUUGACUAUACUGACUUCAAAUACAGGAGUGUGCUCCAUACGCAGACACUGAUCCAACAGUGUUAUAAGGAGGAAAGAUUAAAAAUGACACUCCGUAACUUUUAUGGACACGAUCACGAAUUGGUUGAUCUAUACGAUGUGUCUGUGUCUAAACUAAGUAAUGACAUUUUUACCACGUUUUAGAUUGUGGUUUAACAUCUAUGUUGUCUGUCUGCUAAGUACCAAACGUGACCUAUUCCCAAAUAUGACUGUCAUACCGAGUGUGAAUUUGCAUUGCUACACGACGUGUCUCGGUAUUUUGUAUCCAACAUUCAUGUAUUUAUUUUUGAUGUUUCUGUUAUGGUUUCUGUUGACUAAUGCGUUAUGUCUUAUCAUUUGUUGUCCAACUAAUAAUAAAAUUGCCUUUUAAUACCA